GCGACGGUAACCAAGGGAACUGGUAAACAGGGAGGACGGCAGAGUUGUCGGUGUCGCGGCUAGCGGGAAAGAGACACGGUUUACAUUAAGGACAUGGUGACUGACUUUGAUGAGAAGCAUGAUGAAUAUUUAAUAUUACUUCAACAAAGAAACCGGAUAUUGAGACAUUUGAAAAGAAAGGACCCCAUGCAAAUCAAACUAGAGCAUUUAGAACAAGGAUUUUCUCUGUAUCUAAAUGGAGCUAAUUCAGAGUCAAGAAACUAUCGCAGAAAACCCAGUUUUCAAGAAUUCUUUAGAUGUGGGUUGCAGACUGCAAGGAUAAAUGAUUCUGGUACAGCAGCCCAAGUAAAAGAAAUUGAACUGCAAGGACGCAGCACGCAGACUGCACCAAGCAAAAUCCAGCGUAAAGGAUGGUGUCAGAAACCUGUGCAGAUUAAAACAGAAAGUGGCUCUAGACUCUGCAUUUCACCUCCUCCGGAGUACUCUGAUGAUUUUGAACCUUAUGAAAGCUUGAAUAUGGAGACAAACGACUAUCAUAGUAAUUGUUCCCAGAAUCACAAGUCUCCCAAAAGUCCUGUCAGUGACUUUAAAUUCACCACCCGGAACCCAGAACUGCAAGUACAGGGUGAUGUGGAAAAGGAAAGAAUACUUUUAAGUAUUGAUGAUGUAAAGGAAUUGAGAAGAAGUUUGGAACUCUGUGUAAGUCAGAAAAGGAUGGAGAAGGACUGUUCUAGUGAUGACUAUGAUUCUGUUGAAGAGGAUGUGCUUUUGGAGCACUCUCAGGUGGAAGAGACAGUUGCAAGUUUUGGAAGCCUCCAGUUGCCCAGCAGUGAGUCAUUACUGAAGGAUGAGGCUGGAAGAUGCUGUGACCUUGAUGCUGGUGCUCUUGUGCUGGAAUUUAAGCAGAAUCUGACAAAUGUGAAACAGGAACGAAUUCUGUCUGCAAAGAGGAAAGAUGCUGCUGAAACCUACAUUCCAAUCAGACCUAUGAAGGUCAGAAGUAAAAUGGCUCGGCCACUUUCUGCUGGACCCCUGCACCAGGAGGGACAUGAAAGAACCUGUUCUAGACCAGUAAGUCGACCAGAAAAGCCACUGUCAGCAACUCGAAGGAAUGUUUGUGAGAAGAAGGAUCCUGAGCAAUCUGCUUCUGCUGUCAUUAAAGCUAUGCAAGUUGAAAAUGAGAUCUUGCAAAGAGAGAUGCUUUGCAGAAGGCUGGAGACUUCUACCAGCCAUCAAAUGCUGCCUUCUGUUUCAACUUCAUCUGUUUCUGCAACAACUGAGCCUUCAGAAAAACAACAGGAAACAACUGUAGUCACAGAAGCUAUUGAAAGAAUUGGCCAUUUGGGAAGCAGGCAACAGAAGAAACUUUUGAAACUCCUGCAGGAAAUUGAGAGCUGUUCUACCUGCCACAGUCACAAAGUCCUACCUACUGAGGAACUGGAGCCAGAUUCUGUGGAUCAGCUGCAAACAAAGGCAGAAGUACAGGAUGCCAUUUAUGUGACUAUGGAAAUCCUCUCCAAUUGGGGGAAUGCAGUCAAUGUGGGCCUGACGGAGGUGGAAUUCUUUGAUUUACAUGCUGUCAGGAUGUUUGUGUCUCCUCAUGAUGUGGAUAUCCGAAAUGCGGACUCUCCAGGAGAUCUCUCUUGCCUGGUUAAUAGAACCCUGAAUAGCACCAAGGAGCGUUUCCUGUGGACGUGCCCUUUUCAUGCACCAGUUCAGCUUUACUUUGUUAUCCGCAAUCCCAGCCGGUCACGUGACUUUGGUAUAUCUAAGAUCAAGAUUUGGAAUUACAACACGACGACUCUUAGUGACCUUGACGUAUGUGCAAAGAAUGUGAAACUAUAUAUUGAUGAGAACCUUGUAUUCGAUGGUCAGUUAGAAAAAGGCUGUGGAGAUCUAACCACUGAUUUCAGCACUACAAUUGACCUUAAAGACAAUAGACAAGAGAUUGCUGCACAUUCUACACAAGGAAAUAAAAAAUCAAAUGGAGCUAAUAGCACAGGCAAUAAGGAGGACCUGUUUUUAAAAUACCCACAGCCAGACAGGGUUUCGUUACACUGGAAAUCUUCCUUAGAAGAAAAUCUCUCUGAGGAAAUGAUGAAUUCCAUCAACUUUAGGAAAGAGAAAUCAACUACAUUAGAAGAAGAUCUGAAGGUGUUAUCAGCUCCUGUGUCUGCGAAGACUCUCAAGAAUGAUGUGUCAGAAUCAGCAGUUAUGGAGUACGUUCAGUCUGAUGAUGAGCUUACUAUGAGUGAGCAAAUGGAAAAACUAACCGGAAUAAAAUUAUCUGAAUCUUCAGGCGUAACUCCAUCUUGGUUACAGUCCUCUUCCCGAGUGACAGAGAAGUGCCAUAAACAGAAACCCUCCUGGCUGGAUAAAGAGCACUCUUUAGAUUUGAGAGUUCAAGAGCAGUCUGAUGGCACCAUGAGGGGCUGUCCAGGACUAAUUGAUGAGACUAUCAAAUGUCACGGAAGUGAACUGGGGAGAUCCAACAGUAGGAAUGCAAAUGGAGAUGAGAAGACACAAAUGGUAACCAGUAAAGCCUGUACUAUUGACUUGGACAUUUUAGACCAGCUUCCGAACAAAUAUUGCUGCACCCCUGAGUGUCCUGCUAGUGGGAGGAGAAGCGGCAGAAGUGUAAGAAAGAAGGGUUUAUGUACAAGUCAUGGAGAUGAAGGUCUGACACACACAGAUGAAGCCCUUUGUGUCAAUGGCCUAAAAAACUUCAGAGCUGGGUGGCAUAGUGAACAAGAACACACUCUGCAGGAGUCAUGGAACUCCCUUCUAAAGUUCAAUUAUUCUCACCGUGGGCGAAUCUCCAACAUGGAUUUUCAAGGGGAUAUCUUUGAUGAGUUUCUCCAUCAGCAGAAAAUCAGCCGGCAUGGAGAACAUCAGCUUGUGAGGAAAGAAGGAAUACAAGUGCUACCAAAAAGACAAGAAGAAAAUUACAUGGAGACAGAUGAUGGAAAUGAUUUUAAAAUCCCUGUUUUGCCAUAUGGACAGCACUUAAUAAUAGACAUUAAAUCCACAUGGGGAGACAGACACUAUGUUGGUCUUAAUGGAAUUGAAGUUUUUAGUUCCAAAGGAGAGCCUGUUCAGAUUUCAAAGAUAAAAGCUGAGCCACCUGAUAUAAAUAUUUUACCAGUCUAUGGCAAAGAUCCAAGAGUAAUAACCAAUCUAACUGAUGGGGUAAAUCGGACACAGGAUGACAUGCACCUUUGGUUAGCACCCUUUACUCCUGGGAAGCCUCACCAUAUCUAUAUUGACUUUGUGAAUCCCUGUCAAGUAGCUAUGAUUAGGAUUUGGAAUUAUAAUAAAUCCCGAAUACACUCCUUCCGAGGUGUGAAGGAUAUUACAAUGCUAUUAGAUGAGCAAUGCAUCUUUAAAGGAGAAAUUGCAAAGGCUUCAGGAACAUUGUCUGGAGCUCCAGAGCACUUUGGGGAUACAAUAUUGUUCACAACUGAUGAUGAUAUUCUAGAGGCCAUAUUCUGCUAUGAUGAGACUUAUGAUGGAGAAAUUGAAAAUGUGUGCUCGCUAAGAUAUGAGGAAGAGCUAAAGAGACCAAGGACUGCUGAUGGGGAGGGAGAUGAGAGACCUUUUACACAAGCAGGCUUAAGAACAGAUGAUAAGCAGGUUCAAGAACAAGUGAUGGUGUCAGACCAUCUUUCUGAGCUUACACCCAAGGUACCUGGGGUAUACACUGGACAAUGUCUGCAGCUAAAUUUCACCUUAUCCUGGGGAGACACACAUUAUCUUGGACUGACCGGACUUGAAGCAGUAGGAAAGGAUGGUCAGGCUUUGCCAAUUACUAUGGAUCAGAUUUCUGCUUCACCACAAGAUUUAAAUGACCUUGCAGAGUACAUGGAAGAUUCCAGAACAUUAGACAAGUUAAUAGAUGGGACUAACAUCACUGUUGAAGAUAAUCAUAUGUGGCUUAUUCCUUUCACUUAUGGGGAAGAUCACAUUAUCACAAUCUAUUUUGAUAAAGCUGAAAAUAUUGCAGGGCUUCGCUUUUGGAACUAUAAUAAAUCUCCAGAGGAUACCUAUAGAGGGGCUAAGGUUGUCCAUGUCUUGCUGGAUGGACACUGUAUCUCUCCGCCAGAGGGCUUUCUUAUCCGAAAGGGACCAGGCAACUGUCACUUUGACUUUGCUCAAGAAAUUCUCUUUGUUGACUACUUGAAGCCCCAACAGAUUAUCAGACCAUAUGGGAGAACUGAUUCACGUGGGAUGGAACAAGCUAGUAUGGACUAUGAAGCACCAUUGAUGCCAUGUGGUUUUAUUUUCCAGUUUCAGCUUCUAACGAGCUGGGGUGAUCCAUACUAUAUUGGUUUGAACGGACUAGAGUUGUAUAAUGAACAUGGAGACAAAAUCUUACUCACUGAAAACAACAUUGCUGCUUUUCCAGACAGUGUCAACAUUUUAGAGGGUGUGUGUGGAGAUAUCCGAACUCCAGAUAAACUCAUUGACAGAGUUAAUGACAGUGGUGAUGGCAGACACAUGUGGCUUGCACCAAUUCUUCCUGGUUUGGUGAAUAGGGUUUAUGUUAUUUUUGACCUGCCCACUACCGUGUCAAUGAUCAAACUGUGGAAUUAUGCGAAAACUCCCCAAAGGGGAGUGAGAGAAUUUGGUCUUCUUGUAGAUGACUUGCUUGUGUACAACGGAAUUCUAGACAUGGUGAGCCACAUAGUGCAUGGUAUCCUGCCCACCUGUGACCCUGUGGUCCCAUAUCAUACCAUUCUCUUUACAGAUGAUGAGAGGAUUUGCCAGCGAGAGAAGAAUACAGUUAUUAGCAAUCGUGUAGAGGAUCAGGAUGUACGAAUGAUGAACGAAAAUCAAAUUGUUACAAACUCCAAACAGAAGCAGAUUGCUGCUGACCCAGCUUUACGUCCAAAAACCUGCAUACGUGAUAAAGGAAUGCUGAGGAGGAAAAGACACUGAGGGGUUAUGAAGUGGAUGUCCCGAGCCCACCCAGCUGAGAUGCCUACCAUCUGGCACUUCUGAAUGCAAAUCAACCAUGUGGCAGAUGUUUGCCACUUGAUACUCCCGAACCAUCACCGAAAGGCCUGAAAUCUUUACUGUCUAAUGAUGGGAAGUUUCAUUUGAUGGAGGAAGUGCUUUAGAAAUGAAAUUUUAAGUAUACGCUGAUAGUGUUUCUUAUUAUGUCAGCACCUAUACUAUCUGUAUUUUCAUUCUCUGUUAACUGGCAAACCAGUAAACAGUGUAAGUAAAGUCACUGUUAACUUCUACCUAUCUCUACCUAAGUGGACCUGCUUUUGAGUAAGAACCUUAAUGCUAAAACUGGAGUCCACUCCUGAUGUGUACACAUAGCUUUGGGGAAGCAGUAUUGUAGAACUGAGAAAAGACUUUCAGAGUUGUAUUUCAGUCCUGAACCCUCAAGUUUUAAACUGCUGGUCGGCCACAAAGCCCUUUGAGCCCCUAAAUCAUUUCUGUUCCAGUUCAGGCAAUUUGUAUAUAAUCCACUGGAAAAUGUACAUAUUAGGAAAAACUGUACUUCAGGAGAAAAGCCCCUGUACUUCAGGAGUAGUGCUGUUAGAGGCAGGAAGUAACAUUGCUUUUGAUCCCAUGGAACAGGGCCGGCUCCAGGGUUUUUGCCGCCCCAAGUGGCGCAAAAAAAAAAAAAAGCCACGAUCGCGAUCUGCGGCGGCAAUUCGGCGGGAGGUCCUUCGCUCUGAGCUGGAGUGAGGGACCGUCCGCCGAAUUGCCACUGAAUAGCUGGAUGUGCCGCCCCUCUCUGGAGUGGCCGCCCCAAGCACCUGGCAAGCUGGUGCCCGGAGCUGGCCCUGCCACGGAAGCUCCUUUUCCCUCAUUCCUACAAUUGACAGAGGUAUCAAUGAUGGCAUGGGAAUUGUCUUUUAAAAAUUCAGGUCAGGAAGCAGGGUUUCCAUCAGUUCGUGAUCAGUAAAGUUUUAGCAAAUUGCUCAAUUCUCAUUUUUGCAAUGAAAGGAUUUGAAAUAAUGAUAAAUGUGCAUUAAUUUCACUAUUGUGAAAAUAGCAAAAAAAUGUGCAGCUGGACCAUUACCUCCUUACACAUACUUCAUAACCCUGCAGCCAGAACACUUCUCUCCUCUUCUACACACACAUGGUUAUAUACUGGAUUGUGUACAAAGAGGCUGUAGCAACGCAUGCCAUAUAGUGCACAAAACAGAUCUAUUGUCAUCAACAUACCACACCCAUCCUGGCAAACCAAGUGCUUUCCCUCUGGUAGGUAACUUGUGUUCCAUAUAUAAAUGGAUUAUAUUUCUGGAUCUAAACCUGAAGAGUUCAGAUAUAUUGUACUAUAAGUUUGGUGUUAUGCAACUCAAAAUGUGAUGAAAAAAAUGACUGUGUUGCAGGAUGCAGUUAUGUAAGUGUCAUUUUCACUUAAAACUUGUAGCUGAUUAUAACCUAUACAUCUCUUUUCCAUAGAAAAGAUUCUUCCCUUUCCCAGGCAGAGAGUUCCCAGUGUUCACCGUAGAGAUGAGACACUGAAAUACCAUAAGACACAUUUCUUUUAGCCAGAUGCUAUUUUAACCAUAAAGCAGAGACUUACCACUGCAAUUCCUGAUACAGCAACCGAAUUCAUUGCUGCCAAUUCUAGGCAACAUCAGGACCAUCUGAGAACCUGAUAGCUUGUAUAUUUGCUUAUAAAAAUAUAUUUUAUUCUUUGUCCUGGUCAA